AUUUCAAUCUAAACAUUAAAGUUUCAAAAAUAUAGAAAGCUGAAUGAAUUUCUCCAAGCUAAAAUUUAUAUUUUAUUAAAUUGGAUAUAAAUAUUCAAGUAGAUGAAAAAGAGAAAUUAACAUUUUUCCUAGUUUUUUGUCAUAUAUUGUCAUGCAAAGCUGUCUGCCACACUAUUUGACACAAUUGAACAAAAAUUAUAAUUACCCUAAAAAAUAAUCAAAUCAUCGAGCGAAUUGUUAAUAUCUAGUCUUAUAUCUCGUUAGGAGGGGGCUUGGGGAUUGAGGAUUGUGUGCUCAAGGUCAUUUUUUGGCCGUCCAAGUCGAAAGUUUUGUCGAGUCGAGUGAAGCCUUUGUGGUGGAAAAGUGGAAGUCCGUAAUACGUCGGGAGCCAGAGCUUAAAGCCAAUUUGUUUGUCGUUGUCGCCGCAAAAAAUGUGCGAUACCAGCGACAAGGCACAGAAAUGGAAAUGUGAAAUUUGCACCUAUGAGAAUUAUCCAUCGUCCCUAAAAUGCACAAUGUGCCAGGCAUCCAAACCGUUGCUGAACGAGGAUAUUUUUCGUCUCAGUCCAGCGCAGACAAUACACGACAACUACAACAACGCAGAGGAGGCGGCAGCUGGUCUGCCUGUCGAGCCCACAUCCACAUGCUUUGUACGUCAAUCAGCGCAGCCCCAGCCGCAGCAGACGCGGCACAGCAACGUAGCUGAUAGUGAGAAAUGGGCUUGCAAAGUGUGCACCUAUUUAAAUUGGCCGCGCAGUCUGCGCUGUGUGCAAUGCUGUACGAAACGUGGAGCUGCGGAUAAAGAGACCAACGAGGCCGGCGAAGCGCUGCAAGCUUUACGUAUUAGCGGGUCCGAUACUGAGCUCAACGCCACGGAACAUGGUAGCAGGCUAAUUGGCGCUGUUGCUUCCAAUUCAAAUCGACGUAAUGGCAGUCCCAGCUUGGAGCAGCAGCAAAUCUGCAGUAAUUCAACGCAUCUCAAUAAUAUAGCCAAUACAUGUCAGAGCCACCAACAGCAGCAGCAGCAACAGUUAACAAACCAACAGCAAUUGCAGCAGCAGCAGCACCCGAAUUUGUCAACGCAGCAGAAGCUGUGCCACGUAGCCAAAUGGGCGUGCAAUUCCUGCACAUAUGAGAACUGGCCCAAGAGUCUCAAGUGCUCCAUGUGUGGAAAAGCGCGCGAAUUGAGCAACUCUGGCUCACAGUCGGAUUUGCAUGCGUGUGCCAGCAAUUCCAGCAGCAACAAGCAGCUAAAUCAGCAGGAAGAACAGCAACAGCAGCAGCAGAUAAACACGGACACUGUCAGUGUUAACAAUUCGUUCAAUAAGAAGCAUAUUUACCAACUAGGUUCUUCGGAAACUAUCAACAACUGUGAUACGCUACAAGAGCGCCAGGAGCGGCGACAGCGUCAGAUCAGGCGGCAGGUAGAUUGGCAGUGGCUUAAUGCCUGCCUUGGCGUUGUGGAGAACAAUUACAGCGCUGUGGAGGCGUAUCUCUCGUGUGGUGGCAAUCCGGCUCGUUCAUUGACAAGCAAUGAAAUUGCCGCCUUGAAUCGUAAUUCGGCUUUUGAUGUGGGUCACACACUCAUCCAUCUAGCCAUACGUUUCCAUCGCGAGGAAAUGCUGCCGAUGCUCUUGGCACAGAUCUCUGGCUCUGGGCCGGGUAUUAAGCGUGUACCGUCAUAUGUGGCACCCGAUCUGGCAGCGGAUAUACGUCGCCAUUUCUCGAAUACGCUGCGCAUACGCAAAUCUGGCCUACCCUGCCAUUAUGUUCAGAAACAUGCUACAUUCGCGCUGCCCUCAGAGAUUGAAGAGCUGCCCAUACCUAUACAGGAGCAGCUUUACGAUGAGCUGCUCGAUCGUGAUGCACAGAAACAGUUAGAGGUGCCGCCGCCGGCACUCAACUGGUCUUUGGAGAUUACAGCAAGGCUGAGCUCACGUCUCUUGGUGCUUUGGAAUCGCAGUGCUGGGGAUUGCCUACUCGACUCAGCAAUGCAGGCCACUUGGGGGGUCUUUGAUCGCGAUAACAUUCUUAGGCGCGCGCUGGCUGACACUUUGCAUCAGUGUGGACACGUUUUCUUUACCCGCUGGAAGGAAUAUGAAAUGCUGCAGGCAUCAAUGCUGCAUUUCACUCUAGAGGACUCACAGUGGGAAGAGGAUUGGAGCACGCUGCUCUCCUUGGCCAGCCAACCGGGCUCUUCAUUGGAGCAGUUGCAUAUAUUUGCCUUGGCCCACAUAUUAAGACGUCCAAUCAUUGUGUACGGCGUUAAAUACGUGAAGAGUUUUCGCGGCGAGGACAUUGGCUAUGCUCGAUUUGAAGGUGUAUAUCUACCUUUAUUCUGGGAACAAAACUUUUGUACAAAAUCGCCCAUUGCACUGGGCUAUACACGCGGUCACUUUAGCGCUCUGGUUCCAAUGGAGCCGUUCUCCCGCAUCGAUGGACGUCGGGAUGAUGUCGAGGAUGUUACUUAUCUGCCCCUAAUGGACUGUGAACUGAAGCUGUUGCCCAUACACUUUCUUACACAAUCGGAAGUGGGCAAUGAGGAAGCGAUGAUGCGCCAAUGGUUGGAUGUGUGUGUCACCGAUGGAGGACUUCUGGUGGCACAGCAAAAGUUAUCUAAACGACCGUUGCUGGUGGCACAAAUGCUGGAGGAAUGGCUGAAUCAUUAUAGGCGCAUUGCUUUGAUUUAUUGAUUUGACUUGUAGACAAGUGAUAACUGCACCCUUUGUGCGUCGGCCGCAGAUAAGCCACUAUUCGAGUGAUGGUGAUUCGGAUGAGGAAUAACGGCGACAAAGGUCAAAGGUCUUCUUUAGUUGAAAUUUAACACAUGGUUAAUGGAUUGGAAAUUAAUUGGUUACGAGAGCCCAUACACAUACAGUGAAAAAAAGAAAGAAAAAAAAUAUAUAUAUUGAAAAAAGUUAUAUAUAUUUUGAUUUGGUAGCAGGCAACAAUUGUACUCGACCGAUCCUAUCACGUGCAAUUAGCAAACGUGGGUGUAUAUUUAUAUGAAUAUAUACAUACUAGUUAUGCUGUAGUUGCAGGCAAACUAAACUUCAACAGCAAUGUAAUAAAAAUACAUUCAACUAUACGUAUAUAUAUUCAAACAUACAAAUAUAUAUAUAUUUAUAUAUGUAUAUUUAUCUGCACACAUAUUUCAUAUCCCUUUCCACAUUAACUUCAGUGGAUUUUAGUCAAAUUUAUUCGCGUAAUUCGGAUUUGGAGACAGGCGAGCAGAUAUUAUCAACAUUAUAAGGCAAAAAGAAAAAACAAAAUUAUAUUUCAAUAUUAUAAAGUAGUUUAAAUUACUUAAAAAGAAGAAUCUUGUAGAAAUGCGAAUGGAAAUCGAGAAAUGAGAAAUAUUGAAGAAACAUGAGUAAAUUAUAUAUGUAUGUAUAUGGUUCUUAUAAUUAACUAAGCAUGUAUGUACUUUUAAACUAUGCAAAAUCUCGAUGUACUAUUAAAUUUUAACUUGUGAAAGAUUGCACCAGAUUGGGUGAAUAUGAAUUAUGAAUUUUAUUCUAAUUGUAAUAGUUUUGUUAGUAAUGUUAUAAUUAUUAUUAUUACUAUUAUUAUUAUAAUGUUUAAGAAAGCUUAUUGUGCAAAUGUACACGCAAAACGCAUUAAAAAAAUCAAAACAAA